AUGUCGAAUCUCUAUUACUUCACACUUGGGAGUGAAGACUUCUUCUCGGAAAUGAGUUUUGUCAAAACGGAAAAAUUCGAAAAGACCGAAUACCAGUACGCGGCCCCCAGCUCCGAGCUCUUCGCCUUGGUUCGAGAGGCAAGAGUCAUGCAUCUUGCGCUUUUGGUCCUUGAAGAGCCCAAACUACAGUCCCAGCUCACCGAAUUUCGUGUUGAUGCGUCUCACGACACCCUGGUGAACUAUUGCCAGCCCGGCCUCCCAAUCACCUUAUUCGACAAGCAGUCCCCGUUCGUUAAACGACUUGCGACUGGUUUCGCGUCGGCGAAGAAUAUCACCAAGUUUCGCCUCGUUCUCAACAGUUGUGAGAACCACAGGUUUGCCGAGUGGAUCCUCAAAGAGGGCCGCGUCUCCCACACACUUUCAUCUAUGCCUCAGUUAGAAGAGCUCUACCUUGAGCUUCACGGAUUGCCUGUCUUUUCGGCCCUCCCUGACAUGACCUUCCCAUGA